ACCUUUCAUUCCAACAGAGUGGACCGCCAGAUCUAGAAUGAGUCAGAAGCACCAAAGCUUAGAUUCCCCGAGGUGAAGAGGAUCUUAAAGAAUUUUCUCAGCAAUCAGAAUCCACUCACUCUUUUGGACCCACUGCUCAUCUCUUAUUCUUGGCGCAACCUCUGAAGGGUCUGGACUUCUUCAGUCUGCCCUUUUUGGUAUCGGGGUGAGGGCUGGAUUUCCCUGAUGUAUGGCAAGAGCCCGACAUGUACUGCACUUCUCUUUUGCAUACAAUUCACAGUUGUUUGGCACAUAGCAGCUGUCGAAGUUUAUACCUCCCGAGUAGUAGAGGCUGUUAAUGGGACAGAUAUUCGACUAAAAUGCACUUUCUCCAGUUUCUCCCCUGUGGGUAAUGCCCUAACAGUAACCUGGAACUUCCGCCCUCGAGAUGGGGGGUCUGAGGAGUUUGUUUUUUACUUCCAUGAGCAGCCCUAUCCACCAAGUGCUGGACGUUUUAAGAAUCGGGUGGUCUGGGAUGGAAAUGUAAACCGGAAUGAUGUCUCCAUUAUCAUCUGGAAACUACAGUUUAAUGAUAAUGGGACAUUUACCUGCCAGGUGAAGAAUCCACCAGAUGUUGAUGGGGUGAUAGGGGAGAUUCGACUCAGUGUUGUACAGACAGUACGUUUCUCAGAAAUCUAUUUCCUGGCUCUGGCCAUUGGCUCUGCCUGUGCACUUAUGGUCAUAAUAGUAAUUGUGGUGGUCCUCUUCCAGCAUUCCCGGAAAAGACGGUGGGCCAAUAGAGGCCAUGUGGCAGUGGAAACAGAAUCGUAAUUGAGAGUUCCCAAGAAGACAUGCUGAGAUUAAUGGAAAAUUUCCUUUGGCUAUUCCAGUACUGACCUACUCGAACCAACUCUGCUAAUUCACAUCUAUCCUGACAUGCUGGAACAGUUCCUUAUGAACUAGUGCGGGGCGGGGGAUGGGGGGGCCUUUUUGUGCAAAUAUUGCUGGAAAGUUCUUAUCUUCCCUUUAUUAAGGUUUUAUUCAAAUUCAAAAUUCAGCGUCAAAAUACAAAAUGAAAAUGAAUUUGUCUUUCGAGAUGCCAUCACAUUUCCAUCUGAAGAUGAUGAGAAGCAAUUUUUUUGCUGAGGCAGUUGGGGUUAAGUGACUUGCCCAGGGUCACACAGCUAGGAAAUGUUAAGUGUCUGAGACCAGAUUUGGACUCAGGUCCUCCUGACUUCGGGUCUGGUGCUCUAACCACUGCACCACCUAGAUGCCCCAGAAGAAGCAAUUCUUGAUAUUAAAUCUGAUAUGUAGGUUCUCUGCCUUCUGAUGUCCUUAAUCAAAAGGUGAGAUGUCUCACAGUUGUUUCAAUGUUUUGCCAGAAGUAAUUUGAAAUUUUAAAUGGUUGGUUUGAAGAGAAUAAUCACUUGCUGAGCAAUUGCUGAUUGCUCACUUUAAUGUGAUUUUGCAACUCUACUAUGUAAUCAGAACAAAGGCUCAUCUUGAGACUAUAAUCAUUAAGUAAGUUACCAUAGAGAUUCAGAAGAUGAUCAUUACAACUCUGAGAGUUUAAGGAGAAAAGAUUGUAAAAAGAACCCCAAAGUGGUGAUGGAAAAUUUUAUAUUGCAUUAUAUUCAGCUCAGAAAAAGUAAGAACAUUAUUGGAGUGAAAAAUUGUUUUCAUCUGAUUUUUUUUUUUUUGAGGGUGGAAUAAAAGAUAAUUCUAAAUCUAGAUUUAUUAUGGUUGGCCCAGAGUGAUGAUGACUUUUUUUUUUUUUUUUUGCUGAGGCAUUUGGGAUUAAGUGACUUGCCCAGGGUCACACAGCUAAGAAGUGUGAAGUGCCAGAUUUGAACUCCGGUCCUCCUGACUUCAGGGCUGGUGCUCUAUCCAUUGCAUAACCUAGAUGCCCCAAGACAUUUCUUUUAUGAACUAAUACAUCACUGGUUUAAAACAAAUUGUGUAAGUUCACUUCAGGAAGAAAGAAAGGCAUAUUUUAAAAAUGUUCGCUUUUCUGUUUUCUCUCAACUGUAAGUUAUAGCAAUAUUUCACAUGGAAGCAUAAGCACAAGAAUGGACUAUACAGUUUCAAUAUUGGCAUGUCUUUUUCUUAGUAAGAAGACUGGUGAAUAUAUUUCUUUUAACAAAUGAAAUUGGUCCAGGGAGUCUGCAUUUCCUAGGACUUCCAAAAGUGCUACUUAAAACUGUUCUUGAAGACAGCUGAGUGUUGAUUUUGACACUUAAUCAACAAUUUGUCUUCUUCACAGUAGAACUCUCCAUGAGUGAAGUUUAGUUCCCUAACUUUUAUAUCAGAUAGUGGUUUUAGGUUUCUACUACUUUUAGACCACAUUUCAUUUUUAAAAGUAAAUAUCUGAAAAUACCAUUGUUAGAUAAUUUUCUUCAGAUAGAUGAUCUGGAUAGGGUUUUAUAAAUGAAGUUAAAUUUUGAAAAUUUAGUCCUGGAGUCUUUAGUCCUGAUUCCAGCAAUAAUUGUAGCUUGCUUGUAUCUUGGCUGAAAUGUACAAGAAGAAAAUUUUAUUUACUAUUUGGAUAUUCAUCCUAAGGGACCCUUUUGUAUUGUAAUUUAUUUUUUAUUAAACUAUGAAAACUCAUGUGAAUAAAUACUAUCUUUAGUAA